AUGCGGCUGACGCCCUUUACUCUACUCUCUGGCCUUGCUGCCUUCGGGCUAUUUGGCUCUUCGGCAGCGGCGGAUGAUAAAGACUCGACCGGCCCCACGAACACAUAUUUCGACUCUGUUGCGGUGCCUCCGUUAAUAGAUCUGACGCCUGACAACUGGGAGAAGGAGGUUGGCAAAAGCAAAUGGCUUCUUGUCAAGCAUUACAGUCCGUACUGCCAUCACUGCAUUCAUUACGCCCCGACCUUUCAGACAACAUACGAAUUCUACUAUACGUCCAAGACUGAGGGAGCUGGCGAAGCGACCUUUACCGACUUGUACGAUUUUAGAUUUGGUGCAGUUAAUUGCAUCGCAUACAGCGACCUUUGCGUUGAGAAUGGUGUCAAGUUGUACCCUACCACGACUCUAUAUGAGGAUGGCAAAGAGGAAGCCUUGGAGAAGACAAAGCCCGGAUCUCGGCCCAAGACUCUCGCAUUGCCUGAGCCAGGCGAUAAAGUGCGUCCAAAGUCUGAGCCAAAACGAGAGGAAGAUGAAGAGGCAGCACCCAAAAGCGAAGCCGACGGGAAGAAGCUCGAGGCAGCGCCCAAGAACGAGGCUGAUGGGAAGAAACUGGAGAAGAAGCCCAAGAAGCCUGUUGCUACACCAAACGAAGAUGGAAAGUCAGUGGCACUCACAGCUGAGAACUUCCAGCGUCUAGUGACAUUCACUUCAGAUCCGUGGUUUAUCAAGUUCUACGCGCCUUGGUGUCCCCACUGCCAAGACAUGGCCCCUACCUGGGAGCAGGUAGCCAAGACCAUGAAGGGUAAACUCAACAUUGGAGAAGUCAAUUGUGACAAGGAAUCGCGAUUGUGCAAAGACGUCGGUGCUCGAGCAUUCCCUACUAUUCUCUUCUUCAAGGGUGGCGAGCGCUCCGAGUAUGAAGGCCUCCGAGGACUGGGCGACUUCAUCCAGUAUGCCGAAAAGGCUGUCGAUCUUGCCAGCGGCGUUCCCGACGUGGAUCUGGCAUCAUUCAAAGCCAUCGAGCAGAAGGAGGAUGUCAUUUUUGUCUACUUUUAUGACCACGCCACAACCUCGGAAGACUUUAAGGCUCUUGAGAGACUUCCCCUCAGCCUCAUCGGACAUGCUAAGCUCGUCAAGACCAAGGAUCCCGCCAUGUACGAUCGGUUCAAGAUUACUACUUGGCCGAGGUUUAUGGUCUCGAGAGAGGGCCGUCCCACUUACUUCCCUCCCCUCACCCCCAACGCAAUGAGAGAUACCAAUCAAGUCCUGGACUGGAUGAGAUCGGUCUGGCUCCCCCUAGUCCCUGAACUGCUGGUAACAAACGCGCGCCAGAUCAUGGACAACAAGGUUGUUGUGCUAGGUGUCUUGAACCGAGACGACCAAGAAUCUUUCCAGGGUGCGCUCCGAGAGAUGAAGAGCGCAGCAAACGAGUGGAUGGACAGACAGAUUCAAGAAUUUCAGUUGGAGAGAAAGAAGCUGCGAGAUGCGAAGCAGAUGAGGAUUGAAGAGGCCGAGGACCGGGACGACCAGCGGGCUCUGCGUGCCGCCAAGGCCAUUCAUGUCGACAUGACCAACUCCGGACGGAGGGAAGUGGCAUUUGCGUGGGUUGACGGUGUCUCUUGGCAGCGCUGGAUCCGGACCACCUAUGGUAUUGACGUCAAGGAUGGAGAAAGAGUCAUUAUCAACGACCAAGAUAACCGAAAGUACUGGGACACUACCGUGACCGGCAACUACAUUCUCGUCAGCCGCACGUCCAUCCUGGAGACCCUCGACAAGGUCGUCUAUACCCCCCAGGCCCUCAAGCCCAAGCUCACCAUCUCCUCCUUUGAGAAGAUCUUCUUCGACAUCCGCCAGUCCUUCACCGAGCACCCUUACCUGUCCUUUGGCUGCAUCGUUAGCAUCGCCUUCGGAGUCUUCUCCUGGCUUCGUGGCCGAAACCGCCGUGGCCGCGGUCACUUCCGUCUCGAGGAUUCCAUCAGCAUCAGGGACUUUAAGGACGGAUUCCUUGGUGGUUCUAACGGCAACACCAAGGCCGACUAA